ACACGAAAAAUGCCCCUGACUGCCAGUGCCAUGGACUUUUUUCAGCUCUUUGUCCCUGACAACGUACUAAAGAAUAUGGUGGUCCAAACCAACAUGUAUGCCAAGAAGUACCAGGAGAGGUUCGGUAGUGAUGAAGCCUGGAUUGAUGUCACCUUGACGGAAAUGAAGGCCUUCUUAGGCUACAUGAUAUCAACCAGCAUCCACCACUGUGAGUCCGUUCUCAGCAUCUGGAGCAGUGGCUUCUACAGCAACAAGAGCAUUGCACUCAUCAUGACACAAUCACGGUUUGAGAAGAUCCUGAAGUACUUCCACAUUGUGGCCUUCCGCUCGAGCCAGACAACGCAUGGCCUCUAUAAAAUCCAGCCUUUUCUGGACUCUCUGCAGAAUGGCUUUGACUCCGCUUUUAGACCUUCACAAGCCCAGGUGCUACAUGAGCCCCUGAUUGACGAGGAUCCUGUUUUCAUUGCCACAUGCACAGAGAGGGAGCUGCGCAAGAGAAAAAAGAGGAAAUUCAGUCUCUGGGUCCGGCAGUGCUCAUCCACUGGUUUCAUCUGCCAGAUUUAUGUCCAUCUCAAAGAAGGGAGUGGUGCUGACGGGCUGGAUGCUUUGAAGAACAAACCGCAGCUUCACAGUAUGGUGGCCAAAAGCCUUUGUCAGAACGCCUCUGGGAAGAACUACAUCAUCUUCACUGGCCCAAGCAUUACCAGCCUGAAUCUCUUUGAAGAAUUUGAGAAGCAAGAGAUUUACUGCUGCGGGUUGCUGAGCACCAGGAAGAGUGACUGCACAGGCCUACCUCCAUCCAUGCUGAACAACCCUGAAACUCCACAGUCCAGAGGACAGUACAGAAUAAGAAUGAAGGGAAACAUGUCUUUGAUCUGCUGGUACAAUAAAGGGCACUUUCGUUUUCUGACCAAUGCCUAUUCACCAGUUCAACAAGGAGUUAUAAUUAAGAGAAAAAGCGGAGAAAUUCCAUGCCCGUUGGCAGUUGAAGCCUUUGCUGCUCACCUUAGCUAUAUCUGCAAAUAUGAUGACAAAUACAGCAAGUAUUUCAUUUCUCACAAACCAAACAAGACCUGGCAGCAAGUAUUCUGGUUUGCCAUCAGCAUCGCUAUAAACAAUGCCUACAUCCUCUACAAAAUGUCAGAGGCCUACCAUGUGACAAGGUAUAGCCGCGCACAGUUUGGUGAAAGACUUGUAAAGGAGCUUCUGGGUUUGGAAGACACCUCACCCUCCCAUUGAUGCAUUGUUCUUGGUGGGGUAGGCAGGGGGUGGAGGGUAAGCAGAAGAAGAUACCACACCUGGAACGGCAAAGCAAGGAACUUGUGACACCACCAAUGCUGUCCUUAUCCAAAAAUGCCAAGUGAUGCCACUAGAGAGGUGGAAACUUUGUUCCUAGCAGGAGCUGGAUGUAAACAUGUCCUGCAGAAAGUGCCAGUGGAAAAGCUGACACAAAAUUGCGUUAUGUGAAUGCCCUGUGGGAAUCUGUACACCAGAAACAGACUUAAGCUAGUCAUCAUCUCAAUACUAUUUGUUGAGCAGGGUCAUCUUGUAAAGUUCUUCUUGGGCUAAGAGCUUAUCAUAAGCUGACGUAGCUCAGCAGUCCUAGGCGGGCAUUACAGAGAAUUCUAUACCUUACUUGGUGUUACUCAAUUUGGGGACAAAGUGACAUCAGUCUGCACCGUGGGCUGUGGCGGAGAGUUCCUGCCACCCCGUAGGCAUGGCUGCCGUCCUCCCGGUGUGCUACACGAAGCAGUUCAGGUGCACGAACACUGAAGCAGGUGUAUUGACAAACAAAACCUUCACACGCAGGCAGCCAGGAGCUGAGGACGAGUCAAGACUUUUUCUUUCUGAUUAUUUUUUGGUUUUCCUCUAUUUUUAUUAACGUAAUGUAAGGCAAUCUGAUCCCAGGUGUAGAGCACAGCAAAAUUUGGAGAAACCAAAUACAUUAGUGAAUUUAAAAUGGAAAAUACAUUACAUUUAUUUUCUUUUUUAACCAAGUUGAAACAUUUUGUACACAAGCAGUGAGUAACUCUGUAAGUAUUAACAGUAAGUAAACCACUAAGUAAAUACUGCCUCACAUCUUAACUGCCACGGUCAGUGUACAGGUGAGAAAUCAAAGUAUAACAAUUAUAUUUUUUCUUGAUUUCAACUGUAUCUUAAAUGUUGCUUAAAAAUCUAAUGUAACAGACUGUUAGGUUUUUAGGAACAAUGAUUUCUUUCUUUUCCUUUUGUAACUGUCAAGACUUUUUUGGUCCAUUUUAGAAUUUCAUUCAAUACACAGUUGGCAAGAAAAAAAUAAGUCACUAAUAGCAGUGUGUUUCCCAUUAUCACUGCGGGGUGUUCUGUAGGAAUUAUUCUUGUUAGAAUGCAGGGCUUGUCACAGUAGUUGUAAUUAGGCAGAUUACAUGUUUAGCAAAAUAACAUAGCAUUGUGUUUUACAAAAAAAGGAAGAAGCCCAGUUGCAACCAUACCUUAAACCUCACUAAAACAGAGCAAGCCCAAAGAGUUCUCCUGAGUAACGCUGCAGAGGACAAGCAUCGUCAUGAGCUGGUGUCCAUGGCUGAAACACCACAUUUUGGUGCUGGUGGAAUCUGAAGGCCACUGAAGCUUUGGAAGACGAUGCUGAGAGAGAGAGAGAGACAUGAUUGAAAAACGGGAGAAUUGAUACUGGGGUAAAAUACUACCCUGCCCUCUACACAUUACUGAUGUGAGUCCACAACUCAAUCAGCAAAAAACUCUGUGUUCUAAAGGUUAGCAGUGAUGGACACAAACACAAUUGCAUUAACUUCCUGGGCAGAAAACAUGUUGCUUAGAGGACCAGCUGGUUUUAGGGCCCCAAGCCUGAAACAUUUUACUGAAGAAUGACUGUGGUUGAUUGAAGAGGAAUGGAGUGAUUGAUGGAGUGAUUUAUUUAUCGGUGUAAACCUCACCAGGUUAUAUGCAUCUAUCUGGCAAGAGACAACAGAGGGUAAUCAACAUGAAUUUGAGAACUCAUCAGAUUUCAUCAUUAUGUGAUGUGCAAAUGCAUAGCAUGGAAAUCAUAAUAGAGGAAGAGUCCAGCAGGGGUUAGUAAAUUACUGACUAGCCCAAAGAGUAUCCUUGCACUGACAUCUAUUUCCACCAAAGUCUUAUUUUUUUUGGAGUAGACUUAGAAGCAGAUCUCAGCUGGUUGCAGGGAGAGUAAGGGGAUGGCCAGCUCCAUGGUGGUUCUGCUUACAAUACAGCCUGGCACUGUCCCACACAUCCUGCUCUGCUUGCCAGCUGCACGAUGUACUGCAGCGGGUUUCCUAAGCAUGCCUUUUCACUGCUCAGUCCACAAGGUCUCCACCCAAGAAACGCAGGAGAAAGGACAAAACCUUGUGCACUGAGAUCUCCUGGCCUCAAAAGGAAGGAGAGGGUUUGUACCACUCUGGUUCUUGGCAAUGCCAAGCUGCAUGGAAGCCCAAGGAUGAGUUCAAAACUUCUUGGUCCUGCAGAGAACUGAGACCACCCCUCUUCAGACUGAGUUUGUGUGGUGACUGGUUCUUGUUGGUCUUGGAAGUAUUCAAAGAGGGAAAAGAGCUAGUGUGAGGCACGAAAAAGAAAUGUUCAGCAAUAUAAGUCCACGAUUUCCUUUUUUGAGGGAAUUCCGCCAAGGUACCUAAAGGCAAAUGGUGUUCUUAUUGCUUGGUGCCCUGCUUUAGGCAAUGCCAGCCAAUAUUGCAACAGGAAGAGUAGCUACAAGUUCAUUAUGCCCUGUAAAUUUAUAUAGUAGCCAAAACUGGGGCAGUAAAGGAAGGUCUGGCUGGAACUUUGCUACUGGGACAGCUUGGAUGAACAGUAGCUGCUGGGAGCCCAGCUUCCUUGUGUUCCCCUGCAAUGCUGGAGCAUUUGCAAAGUGAACAUGCCCCCAGCAGAGGUGGGGAGGUUCACAGGACUUCUGAGGAGUAAGCACAGCACUCUCCAGCUAUGUUGUAGACCCCUGAGAUAGAUCUGAAGCCCUUGGCCAAUUGUUACAUUGCGCUGUAUGCUUAAACGUGUGGAUCUAGGCCAUCCCAUACAGAAAAUGCCUUUUCUUUUUCAGGUGACAGUAGGUCCAAGGCCUUGGAAUGUUUAAUUUUCCACUAAUGUAGGCUGUUAAUUUUGUGAAAUACUUGAGCUAAAAUCAUGAGGUCCUAGCUUUUUGCCUCAGGGACUGGGUCCUGAGUAGUUUUCCCUAGAAUUGGUGUUGACAGGGGAUUACACAGUGGCUGACUAUUACAGGGAAGAUGCUUUAGUCUCCUUUGUAAAGGAGAAAAAUUAAGACAAAAUUAUAGCUUUGCAAUGAAUUUCAUUUUCUUAGCCUUAACCAUCCCUCAUCAUUUUGAACUGGUGCCCUACAUAUGCACAAACAUUCCAUAAGUAAGCAAAAAUAUUUAUAUAUAUUUAUAUGUACAAAAUGCCUGCAUUCUGGCUCUUAAAGCCAACAAGCAAAACCCACCAAAGCAUAGCCUAUAUCCACAGAUGACUAUUCCACAUCAUCUUCUCCAUUUAUUGACUAGGAGUGGAUAGGGUUGGGGAAAGUUAAGAUUUCUCCUUCUUAAAAAAGCAUCUUGCACUUUCUCUAUGUUACAACAAACAAGGCAAAGUAAUUAAGGAAGAAACGGAAUCAUUUUUAAAAGGCAAAAGUUUGUUAACUGCAGCUCAGCUUCUGUAGCAUUACCUUUUACUGCAAAGACUGGCUUAGAUUUGGUUCCCCACCUGCUUGUAACUAAUAUUAAAGUUUCUCCCCAGUUAAAGGGAGAAAAAUGAGGGUGGGGGUUAGUCUCAAAGUAGUGCAAGGAGGCUAGCUAUAGUGUGUGUGUAUGUGUGUGUUAAUUGUGCAAUGGCUUGUGAAAUGACAGGAAGUUGGGAUUCCUUGGGGGUUUUUUGUAGCCUUGAGACAAUCUGGGUAAGAGAUCUUAAGCUCAGCAGUAGCUAAAAAGCAGUGGAAAUGCCAACCAGGUUACAGAGGAACUUCUCUAAUUUUUUCCGGGGGGAAAAAAAGUUUGCAGCUGAUAGACAAGGCAGCAAAGCUCAUUUCUCUCCUGCUGAACUGAACUUCUGUUCACGUACUUCUGAAAAAUGAAAAUUACUUAUUUAUGGUAUGCAAACUUUGUUUCAAAGAACUGAGACCAUUCUAUGCACAGUACUUCUUUCAAGAAAUGUCUAUCGUGCCACCAUCCAUUCUUGGAAAACCUUUUUCCACUGCUGUUGUCUCAGUUGAAAAAUGCUUCAAGGGCUUGCAGAAACUCUGCCACUUUUUACUUCAGCCCAUCUGUGCACUUGACACUAGGGCACAAUUUAAAGGAAUCUCUUCUCUGUUUUCGAUUUCUGUUCUCUAGCCCCAACCUUUCAGCAGUUACAAAGUAGUUCAAGAAUCCCAAUUUAUAGAAGUCUCAGUGUCUCUAAUAGGUACAACUUUGUUUCCUUCAGACAAUUCCAAGAGAAAAAUUAAUUCAGCUGUUUCCAGACUGACAUUAAGGACAGCAACUCAAAGCAGGAUUCCCAUUCUUUACCUCCAGCUAUACUUCUGUGGCUUUUUUGGUUUUGGUUUUUUUUUUUUGGCUGAAGAGGUUUUUUCCUUCUGACAUUUAUUUAGUAGUCUCUCUAGACUGGUGAGUAGUGAAACUAUCUCAGUCUUACAUGUCUUAGUCCCCCAGUCCUAGAGCUGAUUUUAGGCAUGAGUGGGGGAUUAUAAUAAUUUUGUGCAUCUGUGCUAUUUUCCAUGCAAGGAUUGCAAAGUGCUUUAACGACCUCAGCACUACUCAUGAGACAUCAUUAACUCCCCAAAUAGGAGUGUCCCCUUUCCUAAUCAGACACCAAGGCACAGCACAGAUAAGGGGGUGAUGAAACUGUGAAGUAGAGUUUUCACUCUUGCUGAUUAAGUCCAUAUUCUGCAUUUUCAGUGACUUAGUUCUUGUUCAAAUGCACUUUUCCAAACAAGAAAUGAAAGCAUGGUGAACAUAGUUCCACCAUGAACUAAGGGCUGUGGGACUUCAUCAGCACAGGGUCCUUACUCCAUAUAGGCUGGAAUGAGUUGAAACCAAGUUGCACUGAAGGUAAGAGAAGACUGGAUAAAACAUAGCAGCCCAGCCUGCCUAGAGAGGCUUAGAGGAGAUAAACGGAGAACGUGAAGCUCUGCUAUAGUCCAGUAAUCAAUGCGAAAUUCAGACAAAUCAUUACUAAAUUGACUUGAGAAAAGUCACUGAGGCUUAGAUGGAAUAUGAAGUCUUCCAUCCAUCUCUAUUGUGGAGUUUGCCAUGGCACUUUCUUGUUGCUAGGACUGAUGUAAGAUUAGCUGUUUGUAAAACAAGAGCUCAUCUCAAUUUGGUUGAGAACAUUCAAGUUUCAAAGGACUGCUAGCAAUGCUUCACAAAGGCAAGGAACUCUAGGCUCAAAACACAUUUAUAUCGGGCCUGUGAUUAACUAGGAUAUUGUGCACAGACAGAUCAUGUCAUCAUCUGCUCUAACGCAAGCCUAUCACCAGUGCUACUUGAUGUACAGUCCUUCUUGUAACAGUUCUUCCCGAUCCUACCUUUGUUUCCAGAAGCAUUAUGAACUGGAAAAGCCUCUGUAUCGUCAUCUCAUUGUUGAGGCACAGCGGAGAAUAUCUGUGCUUUGUAAAAAAAGGUCUCUUCCUCUUCUUUUGAGAGGCAGCUCUGUGUCUUCAGAAAUCUAGCCCUGGAGGAGUUUCCUGCCCUAUGCUUGCUUCAUUCCAUGGAUUUAGAGCACAUCCAAAUCAUCCUGCAGGUUCUUCGUCAGUCUGGCAGAUGCGACAACAGAGAGUUGGCUUUUCAGUUUACUUUUAUAGUAUUACUUUGCUGAUCUUUUCUGCUAUUUUGCAAAUCUCAGAUGGAACAGGGUAUUAUUUCUGAAGCCUAUACUCUAAUUGCAAUCACUGUGAAGGUGUUGCCUGCUUUGCCCCAUUAGUGCUGCCAGUUGGGUUUGUAUGGACCCAAAACAGGUAUCAGCAUCACCACACCCACCGCUCCCAUUGGAAUGGCUGCAACAUUCCUCAGCUCUGGAUCGCUGUCAAAGAGGGGCCUUUGACGUGGUCUGGGCAGUUUUUUGGUGUUUUGGUUUGUUUUAAACCCUUCCACACUGAUGGGUCUGGUGAACAGCUGUUAGGUAUCACGAAAAGGCCUUAAGUGGUAAAUCCCUUUUGUAUCACUGUUCUGAAGUAAAUAAUUGCUUAUAUUAGAUGUCAAGGUGAUCCACACGAUGUGUAGUGCAAAAAAAUCUUAUCCGUGAAAACAUCACUCUGCAGAAGUGCUCAUUUGAUGUAACUGCAACAACCCUUGAAUGCCUGGGGGACCUGGAUGAAGAACCUAGUGGGAAAGGACUGUAAUGCUGUCCUCUGGGGCCACGAUGUGCAGGACCCGAUUGGAUAAACAAAGAGGGAAGGGACGAGUGCAAUUUGGGAUGCAGGAUCCUUGAAUAAAGAGAUUUUCAUAGUCAAGCUAAUCUCAGAAGUUUUAAUAGGGACGGGAAGAUUCCAGGCCCAUGAAGUUUCCUCCCAGCCCUGGCAACUCUGUUUCUAAAAUAAAGCAGCUGGCAAAUGCUUUCACUCUUCAAGUAUUUAUGCUGUGCUCUGGACUUCAAACAGAGCAUUUUGUCCUAUUUUCACUAGUUACAAAGAAAAAAAAACAAACCUGGAAACUGAAAAGCAAAGCCCAGUACACUAGGUUCAUCUGUCCAGAACCCCAACCCACUUGGUGUCAAAGUAACUUUGUGGUCUUGUUCUCCAAUUAAUCUGUGUCAAAAGGUGUAUGCAAAACGUGACUGCUGAACAAUUCACACCUCUCUGUGAAAGGAGUUACUCAUUUGAUGGAAAACAAAUUGCAGGUCUCUCUGACUUACUUUUGCAACCUGGAUUUUUCUUCUACUUGUAAGCCAAAUCUUUGCCUGGCAUUUCAGUACAGAAAUUAAAAAUAACUUGCCCCCCAUGAGAUGAGAGACAGCAAAACUCAGAUUUAUACCAGAGAUUAAUCUGAUCCAUACAGGUGAGGCUGAUCAGCACAGUCUGCUAGGAGGAGGAGUUCAAGGGGAGCAGUGGGUUUGAGGAGGCAGAGGAAAGUUCAGAGGUUGGGCACACAGAGGGAGAGGCACCAGGUGAUCCCUUCUAACUCCCAUCUUUCCAGCAUGUGUACCCCCCUCCCCUGCUGCCUUCGAAUUACAAAGAAAAGGCCGAUGUUUAACACACCUGCUUUAGUGACACCAACCCUGCUUUAGCUACAUCCCUGGCCUCACUCCGUGCCUGUCCUUAUGCUAUAGAUGUUCAGUAGUCGUCAGCCUUGGAGUCAAAGCACUGCUGCAUGUCAGCACAGCAUGGAAGCGACAGUCUGAGGAAGUGCCACAGUAGAAACAGGACAAAUGGGGAUUCUGGAAAAGGAAUCUUCCCCUCUAUGUUUUGUUUUCAUUUCCUUUCGGUAUGUGCCACUUACAUUCCAUCAAAUGCAGUGACAGUACCAAACGCAAAGGCCGGCCGUGCCUGGCCAAGUGCUUUCCCACUAACUCCAUCGGGCUGUGCUCACAACAUCAGCGACUCCAGUUCUGUUGAAAAGUUCUAUAUUCUUUAUAAUUCUAAAGGUUUCCAUUGAAAAUUUAAAAUUCGGAGGCAAAGCAUACACCCCCCCUUUUUUUUUUUCAAACACUCAGAGCAAUUUUGUAACAGCCAAGUCUUUCAGGAAAUGCAGGUGUGUGACCUCUUCAUGGUAAGAGACACACAACUGUGUUUCUGCAUGGGACAGGGAACUACUUUUGUGACACCAGUUUUGUUCUACACAAAGGCACGCUUGCAAUAAAUUUUUACGAGUUUUGUACACCAUGAGCUAAAUUCUGAGUUCCAAAAAUGUGAAGUGUGGCAACAAUAACAAAAUGGAUUUAUAGUAUCACUCUGAUAUCUUGUCAUGUGAUUUUAUUUCUUCAACAAAGUUUGUUUACAAUCAACAACUUUGAAAUACAGUCAGAUAUAUUACC